CUUUCCACCUUCUUAGAACUCCUGGACCAGCAGGCUUUCUGUACAGAGCUCUGGGGAAGUCAGCUCUGCAGUGCACCUUCUUUAUGACACGAGGGGAUUCAGCAUAGAAGUUUUAUUUUGGUCUCUCUUAUCCUCCCUGCCCAAGGAAGGGUGAGUCAACUGUCAGAAGAGCUGGAAGAAACAGAAACAGUGUUAAAGGAGUCAGAGAAACCAAAGAAGGAGGAGGAAGAGGAAGGAAAAAAAGAAAAAUAAAAGGAGGAGGAAAAGAAGAACAAAAAGAAGGUGAGAUGGGGAGUGGAGCAAGUGCUGAGGAGAAGAGGUCCAAGGAACUGGAAAAAAAGCUACAAGAAGAUGCAGACAAGGAGGCAAAGACAGUCAAGCUGCUACUACUAGGUGCUGGCGAGUCUGGCAAGAGCACCAUUGUCAAACAGAUGAAGAUUAUCCAUCAAGAUGGUUACUCAAAAGAAGAAUGUAUGGAGUUCAUAUCUGUCAUAUAUGGCAACAUACUGCAGUCCAUUCUGGCCAUCAUCAGAGCCAUGAUCACUUUGGGGAUAGAUUAUGGUGACUCAGCCCGAGCAGAUGAUGGACGACUGCUGUUCAACUUGGCUGACUCCAUUGAAGAAGGAACUAUGCCUAAAGAGCUAGUGGAAUGUAUAAAGAGGCUCUGGAAAGAUUCAGGUGUUCAGGUCUGCUUUGACCGGGCAGCAGAGUACCAGCUCAAUGACUCUGCUUCAUACUACCUGAAUGAAUUGGAUAGGAUCACAGGUCCCAAUUACCUCCCCACUGAACAAGACGUACUGCGAUCACGAGUUAAGACCACAGGUAUCAUAGAAACAAGAUUCUCUGUCAAAGACCUCAAUUUCAGGAUGUUUGAUGUGGGUGGACAGAGAUCAGAGCGCAAGAAGUGGAUCCACUGUUUUGAAGGAGUGACCUGCAUUAUCUUCUGUGGAGCUCUCAGUGCUUAUGACAUGGUGUUGGUAGAAGAUGAUGAAGUGAAUCGUAUGCAUGAAUCUCUGCAUCUGUUCAACAGCAUAUGCAAUCACAAAUUCUUUGCUGCCACUUCCAUUAUUCUCUUCCUGAACAAGAAGGACCUCUUUGAGCAAAAGAUCAAGAAAGUACACCUCAACAUUUGUUUCCCAGAGUACGAUGGUCCCAAUACAUAUGAUGAUGCAGGCAACUACAUCAAGCAUCAGUUCCUUGACCUGAACAUGAGAAAAGAUGUGAAAGAAAUCUACAGUCAUAUGACCUGUGCCACAGACACACAGAACGUCAAAUUUGUAUUUGAUGCAGUUACAGAUGUCAUCAUCAAAGAGAAUCUCAAGGACUGUGGUCUCUUCUAAGACUUCAGCUUUUUAAACAGGAAAGACUUCCAGUUAGCUUCACUGUUCUGCUAAGCAGAGCCAACGGAGUAAACAAAGUCAAUAAAGCAACAAGGAGUCCGUAUUUUUCUAUGAUCCACCCAUAAUACAAACAUACCACCAAAAAGGUAUGAAGGAACAAAGCUAAAAACCUCCCAUCUCCCAGCCGUUUUCUUUGGUAGCUUUCCUUCUUACUGAAGUAUUCUGCAGUCUAAGUCUUCAAACCAUUAUUUUCAAGACAGAAAACACAGUCUGCAAACCAAGAACUGAGCGUGUGAUACUGGACCUUCAUGUGUUUAUGCAACUGUGUUUUUAAAAGGCACGUUUCAGUGGGAAUGACACAACCAGUGCUUUUGUGGAUUCUUUGAUAGAACUUUUCAGUUCCUUAUCUAUGCAAAUGGUCUGAACUGAGAUUCUGCUGAGUGUGAUCAUAAUUGGUUGAAAAUAGAGGUCAAACGUAAUUCCUACAUUGUUAUAUAUUUGAUUGAUUUGCUAGUUUAUGAAUAAGCCCAGAAAAUUAGAUGGCAUUUUUCAAACUUUCCAGUAAAUACAUUAAUUGCAGUUCUCUGAAACUGGUGCAAUUUGUCCCCACAGCCUUAAGUAGACUGCUCAUUUGCUUUCUAGUCUCCAACUCUCCACACACACAUUAGAGAACGUUGUGACCCCAGUGAUUUACUUUCUCCAAUCCUACUCAUCCCACAGAGCUCAGCAGUAUUGCUCUCAACUCAAUGCUUUACUUGUCUGCUGUGGAGACGACUUGCUCCACCUGUCUCACUAAUCCCUGAUACAAAAGAUCACAGCAAUGUGCAGAAGAAUAUGAUGGACCUAGGGUUAGAAAACUUCUCACACACAGAAAAUAGAAAGAAAAAUGAUACAAUGUUGAAGUGGUUAUGUCAGCAUUCUCACUGCUAUUUAGAGCUGUAUUUGUUCUUGACCAUUUGUAAAUACAUCUGAUGUUACUGUAGACAAGAUUCUCUUUGUAUCAAUAUUUACAGCAGAGAAUUGCUUAUACAGCUUCAACUAACUGUAGAAAAUCCCAAAAUAAAGAAAUGCACACAUAAAGCAUGGCUAUGGUGUUUUGUUUUAAAAAGUAACUUAAAGCAUUUUCAAGUUCCAUUUUAGUUUCAAAAGCCACCUGUUAUACAGUUAAAGAAACACAAAUGGUACAUUCCACAAAGGCCUACUAUAAGAACUAGUGCAGUUCAAUGGAUAAGGCUGUAUUUGAGAAAACUGGAUUCAAACUGUAGGUCAACCACAGACUUACACACUGGUAAAUUGCCACAAUAAAAUGUGGCUUGCAGGUAUGAAGCAACUACAGGAUAAGCCUGACAAAGUUAAUUCUCUCAUAUCUCAAGCAACAACUUUCAGCAGAAGUCAGUCCACCUUUGUGAAACAUGAAUAAUUAAUGUGGUGGAUGUGAGCUGAAUAUUCACUGCAAGAAGUGCAAUGUGAUUAAUUGUUUUUUUGUAUUUCCAAAGUAAACUAGGGAGAAUAUGGAUACUUACUUUAAUCAAAGAGUUCCUUGCCAUAGUUUGCAUGUAGAUAAAUUACAUUUAUCAUCAUAUCAAGUGGCAAAAGAAAUAUUCUCACUUUUCUCCUGUAACAUGGUAACAGGCAUUCUUAAAGCAGGAUUUUAUAUAUCCACUGUUAUGACUUCUGACACAAGAGCUUGUAAAAAUAUGACUUCUAUUCUGACCUACUGUAUAAGUUGCCCAAUACAAUGCAACUGAACACUGGCAAGAGAUUUCUCUAGAAUACAAGACACAAAAGCAUUCUAACUAUAUACACUGACAUCUUGAAAUAUCAAAAGCUAACCCAUCUAGCUAGAAUCUUUAUUUGCAAAAACUGAAAAUACAAUUAGUAUCAGAGAUUGUUGAAGAUCAUGGAUGAAUUUCUGGAAAUGUCCAAGAAAGUUAGGAACAUCUAAGCUUUCAACUCACCAUUUUAAUAUUGCCAGUAAUUACAUCAGGUUGAAACCUGUACAUGAUAAACUGGGGAAGUUUCAAUGUAAUGAUUUCAGCAAAGAAAUGUACUGACUCUGGUUAAGAACAUCACUACAGUAAAAACAAUGGCAAACAGGAACUUGGCACCACAUUUACAGAGUAAAGGCAUGCUGCUGAUAUAUUUUAGAAAUCUCUGAAGAGAAAAAGCCUGGUAAAUGCAGAACAUGUUGUACUGUCUACAAAACUCCCCACUGGUUUAAGACCAAACACAUACAAACAAUUAUGUGGUUGAUAAAGUAGCUUUGUAACAGCACAGAUGCCCUCUUCCAGUUUGGAAUUUUACAAUUUUCUUUAACUGGAAGUCCCUUCAGGCAUUUCACAUGAGGAACAUGGUUCUGCCUGCUACAACAACAGGACACUCAGUGGUUUGGUAAUUAGCAUAAACUAGGCUAACCUUCCCAUCCCAUAAACCAGAAAAACCUAUUACCCUGCUGCAGAAAAUCUCUUUUCUGAGGGGAAAAGCGUUAUAGCGCAUGAAGCAGAAUGGUAACAAAUUAUACAUCAGAAGAAGCCACAGCAUUAGCCAUAUGAAUCCUAAGGCUCUUUUAAGUAGUUGCAGUAAUAUCAAGUUCUGACCACACUAAGUGUUAGAAACAAAAGGCUCCUGCUAAGAGGAAUACUUUCUGCAUGAGCUGGUCAUACCAUGUGCAUAGUUAAGUGAUUUUAAAAACAACAAAAUGUUGUUUGCAAAGAAAUACAAUUUAGUCAAAAUAUAAUUUUGAUGAAAAACCUUAAAAACAGACUAGUGGUGGGUUAUUAAAAGAAAGAAAGCUACAUAUUGAAGUUCUGGAACAUGAACUUCAUAACAGCUGUACACAUUUGAGAUUAUGCAAUCUGAGUGAUGCUUGGAUGGUCCAAAAA